UUUCCGCUCCUCCUCCUUUUAUGGACUCGGGUUUUGAACUGAAAUAAUCGCGUCCCAGCUAAAAGCCAACCCGUAAACAUCACAGCGGCUUGCUGGACUCUCUCCAUUUCCCCAUCUUCCUCUCUCUUUCUCUCAGAGCCGAGCCCACUCCCUCCUCCACGCUUGAGCCAAUGAGUUUCGGAGGAGAAAGCAGAAGAAAAAAGAAAAAAACGGAAACCAAUCUGUUUUGGUUUUUUUUUGUAAGAGCGGAUUAAACAAGUGUUAUUUUUCUGUCGGGAGUAAAAGAACAACUGCAGGUAUCUGACCCAGAUGUCUAAUAUCCAACCCUGUCAACUUCACAUCACAAGAGAGGUGAGAUGAGAUUCCUCACAAGACAAUAACUGACAGGCAGUCAUAACAACUCUGCUUUGGUUUACUCCCCUGGGACUCUGCAAGAAUCCCUGUUUUUGUGUGACAUCUGCACCAAACCAAAAGGGUCCGGUCUCCUGUGAGUGUGCCAAGUCUGUGCUGAACUCUUGCAGCCAAUCACUUGAUCUUCUCUUCUCCCUCCUGGAGCUAUUACCAACAGUUUCACAUCACACUGCUUUGCUGCUUGCUGGCAGCUCCUCUCGUCUUGAGCCACGAUGAAUGAAGCUCAGGAGGCUACCUCCCCUGCGACCAGCCUGAGCGGUCCGGCUACCUGUGUCUCCAAAGUUGAGCUGCGUGUGUCUUGCAAAGCUCUGCUGGACCGAGACACGCUGAAUAAGUCAGACCCCUGUGUCGUGCUCAUGGUGCAGAACAAUGGGCAGUGGAUUGAGCUGGACAGGACAGAAGUAAUCAAGAGCAACUUACACCCAGUCUUUGCGAAGGUUUUUGGUCUGGAUUACUACUUUGAGGAGGUACAGAAGCUGCGAUUUGAGGUCUACGACAUCCACGGGACUCACAGCAUAGGGACGCGUGACGAUGACUUCCUGGGAGGCAUGGAGUGCACACUUGGUCAGAUCGUGGCCCAGAAGAAGAUGAUAAAACCAUUGCUGCUUAAGUAUGGGAAAUAUGCCGGCAAGUCGACCAUCACAGUACAUGCUGAAGAAAUUUCUGGCAACAAUGGUUAUGUGGAGCUCUCCUUCUGUGCUAAGAAGCUGGAUGAUAAGGAUCUCUUCAGCAAGUCAGACCCAUUUCUGGAAAUAUUUCGAAUGAACGAUGAUGGAACAGAACAGCUUGUCCACAGAACUGAGGUGAUAAAAAACAACCUGAAUCCAGUGUGGGAGCCCUUUAAAGUGUCACUCAUAUCUCUGUGUAGCUGCGACGAAGAGCGGAAACUCAAGUGCCUAGUGUGGGAUUAUGACUCCAGAGGAAAGCAUGAUUUCAUCGGCGAGUUCUAUGCCACAUUCAGAGAAAUGCAGAAAAUUUCCAGUGGAAAUAAGGUUUCGUGGGAUUGUCUGAAUCCUAAGUACAAACAGAAGAAGAGAAACUAUAAAAAUUCAGGAGUUGUCAUUCUCAGUGACUUGAAGCUUCACAGAGUCUACUCCUUCUUGGAUUACAUCAUGGGAGGAUGCCAGAUUCAUUUUACGGUUGCUAUUGACUUCACGGCAUCCAAUGGAGACCCCAGAAACAGCUGCUCACUGCACUACAUUAACCCGUACCAACCCAAUGAGUACUUAAAGGCCCUGAUAGCCGUGGGCGAGAUCUGUCAAGACUAUGACAGUGACAAGCGGUUUUCAGCUUUGGGUUUUGGUGCCAGAAUUCCUCCAAAUUAUGAGGUUUCCCAUGAUUUUGCGAUUAAUUUCAACCCAGAGGAUGAUGAAUGUGAAGGGAUCCAGGGAGUCGUCGAGGCAUACCAGAACUGCCUUCCUAAGAUCCAAUUAUAUGGGCCAACUAAUGUUGCUCCAAUCAUCAACAGGAUAGCCAAGGUGGCAGCAGGCGAUGGCAACAUUAAAGAUGCUUCAAGAUACCACAUCCUGCUCAUCCUCACAGAUGGCGUGGUCACAGACAUGGCGGACACACGUGAAGCCAUUGUCCGAGCGUCCUACCAGCCUCUCUCCAUCAUCAUUGUCGGAGUGGGCAAUGCAGAUUUCACAGAUAUGCAGAUCCUGGAUGGAGACGAUGGCGUCCUGCGGUCACCGAAGGGCGAGCCUGUCCUCAGGGACAUUGUGCAAUUCGUCCCUUUCCGAGACUUCAAAACGGCUUCUCCUGCAGCUUUGGCCAAGUGUGUUCUUGCAGAAGUACCUGGUCAAGUGGUUGAGUAUUUCAGCCAUAAGGCCAUUUCACCCAUGAGUCCAAUGAGGGAGUUACUGACUCCUAUCCUCAGCCCAGUGGCCACCACCCCAACAGAAUAACUGGCUGCUUCAUACCUGCAACCCAACUUGGAGAGCAGCACCAGUCUGGCACACGAAGAGGGGAAGAAGAUGCAUGUCUCUAGUUGAGAACUGAAGAGGAAAUCCUUCUUAAUGUGUUGUUACUUAUUUAUUUUAAACAAAAUGUUUACACGAAGACUGAAAUACAAGAGACUGUGGGUUAUAUUUAUGUGCUUUGUGUGGGUUGGACAGCCUCUCUGGCUGUACAAACUGACCAUCCAGCUUUCUUUAGCAACACAAAACCUAAGGAGUGAAGUUCUCUCAUCAUAAUGUUUAUGCAUGCAGGCCAAGACCGUAACGAUCAUUAGUGAUCAGACAGACUUGUUUUGUCCUUUUUGUCCUCACAUCAAUUUCACACCAAGUUUCUCCCUUUCCACACUUGCUUGAAUUAGUUCUAAUGCAAUCAGACAAUAUUUAAUCAAGAUAAAAGAAUUGUAAGAAGUGCUCCAGUUUAUUGUUGGACUCAAAAGAUGUGUAUGUUUAAGGAUGGGUCUGGCAGCAAAGAAUUGGCCUUAUUUUUUAAUUCCAACAUUUCUAACAACUCAUAGAUCAUAAUUUAAAUUUCCACCACCGGAACGAACGUCAAUAUGCACUGUAAAUGUCUCAUUUUUCUAUUUAAGUGUACUUCUUGAUGUAAUAUAUCAAUAAAAGCUUUGUUUGAAUGUGCACCAGCCACUGGCAACAAAUCAGAACCUGCUUUACAACAUGUGACAGAUGAAAAGACGAACAUUGCUGAUGAGUUUAGUGUCUAUUUAUAUUGCACCAAAUCCUAACCGAGGUCAUCUCUGAGCACUAGACAGAAAAGCAAACAAGAUAAAUUCCUGUUUAGUUGCAUAAAGUUCAUAGAACUUUUUUGAAUCAGGCUAUUUUGUAAAUAAUAUGGAACCAACAACCAGAUACUUUUUUAUGUUUGUAGAUUAUAAGUGUCAUCUUAUGAAACUAUAUAACUUUACAAAUCUACAGCAUGUACUAUAGCUUUGGCUCUUUAUGUGCAUUUUUCCCUUUAAGAUUGUGAGCUGAAAGCUUACAUAAAAAAUACAACCAAGAUAGAUUUUUUUUUUUUUUUUGCAAUAGUGAAUCAGUUUUUGGUUUGUUGUGAAGUGGCUACAGUAAGCAGUUAAAAUCACGCGCCAUGGCAGGUUAUCUGUGAAUCAUUGUAUUGUUGUCAUCCCUUAGCAAGCCACCAUACAGGUAGUAACCCUUUAUGUAUCUGCUGUAUAUUUUGUUUUGCAGAGACACUCGAUUUACCUUUUUUGCUGCUUUUAUAUGCAACGUAAUUCUACAAGAUGUUUAAUAAAACAUUCAAGUUGUGAGAAGUUUGAAUCAAAGCAAAGCACAAAAGCCAAUUCUCAGCUAAUGCUGUAACAUGUUAAUAUUGAGUUCAUUUACAUCAGAAUAAUAAAUUCCUGAAAAUUAAUGUUA